UGCUUUGCUCGGUGACGUCGGACCCGGAAGUGUGCGUGCUGCGGGCGGUGCUGUGUUUACUUCCGCCGGAGCCGGAGCCUGAGCCGGGGAGCGGGAGACACCGAGGAUGAGCUGAGCCGGAGGGGGCAGCAGAAAUGGAGUGGCUUAUGGGAAAAUCUAAGACUAAGCCCAAUGGUAAGAAGCCUGUUUCAGAAGAGAAGAAGUUGUACCUGGAACCAGAAUACACCCGUGUCCGCGUCACAGACUUUGAAUUCAAGCAACUAGUGACAUUACCGCAAGAAAUCGACCUCAACGAGUGGCUGGCCAGCAAUAUUACCACAUUCUUCAACCACAUUAACCUUCAGUACAGUACCAUCUCAGAGUUCUGCACGGGGGAGACCUGCCAGACCAUGGCUGCCUGCAACACACAGUACUACUGGUAUGACGAGCGGGGGAAGAAGAUAAAGUGCACGGCUCCUCAAUAUAUUGAUUUUGUCAUGAGUUCUGUACAGAAAUUGGUGACAGACGAGGACGUCUUCCCCACUAAAUACGGCAGGGAAUUCCCCAGCUCCUUCGAGUCCUUGGUAAAGAAGAUCUGCAGAUAUCUAUUCCAUGUAAUUGCUCAUAUUUACUCGGCCCAUUUCAAGGAGAUUGUCGCUUUGGAACUGCACGGACACUUAAACACUCUCUUUAGUCACUUCCUCCUCUUUAUUCGGGAGUUUAAUCUACUGGACACCAAGGAGACCGCCAUUCUGGACGACCUGUCUGAGAUGCUCUUCACGGAGGACAGCAGGGAGGCCGGAGGGGCACAGAACCAUGUAAAGGAGAGAUGAGUCGUCCUCCGCACCCCUUCCCCUAAAUGCCCCUCUUCCUCUCCUUCCACUGUCCCCCUCCCAGCGUGCCCUGACCCCUAUAAAGAGCUGGCUGACCUACCAGCUCAAAGCACAGGGGAAAUGGGGUUCUAGGAACUGCGCUGCCGGUUUUGGAGUAGGGGAGAACCAUGCCUGUACUACCCCAGCCUGAAGGGGAGCAGACCUCGCUCUUAUCUUUAGCAGGAUGUUGCACCAAGUAUCACCUUAUUUUUAUUUGUCUUGAGGUUUCUUUUUUUUUUUUUUUUUUCCCUUUUUUUUUUUUUUUCCUUCUUCUAUGAUUUCCUUCUUUACUCUCUACUUUACCUCCUUUUCUUCUCCUCCUGUCUUUUUAUGGGCGGCACUGCCAUUUUUGGCUUAAGUCUAUUAUCCUAUUGAGAGAAAAUAUUUGCUUUUUUUUUUUCUAAUUUUAUUUUACCGUGGCUUUGGAGGAAUGUUAGAGGCACCUAAGUGGGGCGAGAAUACAGUGGGCUGGGCUGUCAGAGCGUAGAAGAGGCUACCUGCAGUCCCCCGCUCUGGAAUGAAUCAAGGCUCCCGUGUCACCAACGGCCGUGGACAUCUGCUCUUCCCCUCUCCCUCCUCAGGAGGAACGCUGGGUGCUCGCCCCUUGUUGGGGUGGAAUGAUAAUGUUGGCUUCUUUUAGUUUAUCUGUUAAAUAAUGAUAAUAUUAAUAAUAAAACAGAUUCUAUCAA